UAAUUUUAUACCUGAUUCCUGAUACGGUGAGGUGAGGUGAGCAGUUGAGACUUGAGAGAGACGGAGAGCAGAGAAUCAGAGAGAGGCUGAGGCGGUCCAGCUGGACCAGCCGUCCAGGCGGAGGAGCAGAGACUAGAGAGAAAGCCAUGGCCUUGAGAAUGGCGACCAGGAGGUUAGGGAGUAAACUGUUACCCAGGUUCUCUUCUACAUCUGUACUGCAUUCACAUGCCACCAGUUUUGGAUUCAAAGAAAUACCCGAAGAAGAGAAAAGUCGCAUGGUUGGUAAUGUCUUCAGCAAUGUUGCUUCAAAUUAUGAUUUGAUGAAUGAUUUGAUGAGUGCUGGAUUACAUAGAUUAUGGAAGGAUAGACUGGUAUCCAAACUGAAUCCAUUUCCUGGAAUGAAGCAUCUUGAUGUGGCUGGUGGGACAGGGGAUGUAGCUUUUCGGAUCCUGGAAACCUUAAACAGUGUGAAAAGUAGAGCAACACAAGAUGUUCUUGAUGAUAAUUUACAUGAAGAAACUCAGAUAUUCGUGUGUGAUAUCAACCCAAAAAUGUUAAAUGUUGGUCAAAAGCGAGCCUUGGAGAGAGGUCUUGGAGAAGACAAAUCCCUUAUAUGGGUGGAGGGAGAUGCAGAAGCCUUGAACUACAAAGAUAAUUCAAUGGAUGGUUACACAAUUGCCUUUGGGAUUAGGAAUGUUACACACAUAGAGAAAGUUCUUGCUGAAGCUUAUAGGGUACUAAAACGGGGAGGAAGAUUCCUUUGCCUUGAACUCAGCCAUGUGGAAGCUCCUAUAUUUAAGGAAUUAUAUGAUUAUUAUUCAUUCUCCAUCAUCCCAGCCGUGGGAGAGGUAGUUGCAGGUGAUCGGGAUUCUUAUCAGUACCUGGUUGAGAGUAUUCGCCGAUUUCCCUCCCAGGAGACAUUUGCUUCAAUGAUAGCAGCUGCAGGGUUUCAGAAGGUUGAAUAUGAAAAUCUUGUUGGUGGGGUAGUUGCCAUCCAUUCUGGGUUGAAAAUUUAAUUGUAUCGAUUCUGCAUUGAAAUUCAAAGAAUUUUUGGAUUGAAAUUCUGUGGUGUCCAGCAUGAAAUCCUACAUAAAAUUCUUUAGUUCGUGAAAUCCGAAAAAUAGUUAGCUUUCAAGUUUUCUACUAUAGUUUGUUUGUUUCGUAAUAGGGUUUUUUCCAUUCAAGGAGUGAAAGUCUUUUUACUUGUAAUGUAGCAGGCACACAAAAAUAAUUGUAUUCUUCAAUACGAAUUUUUGGUUUGUGAA